GUCAACACUCUCGCGAUCCGCAGAAAGGGAGAGUGCAGAAGAAAGGCGAAGCGAAGACGCGGCGGAGAUGUGGCCUUCAAUGGGUCGCGGUCGUGGAGCUCCGGCGGGUCUGGCCUGGUCUCCACUUCAUUCAGCCGAAAGAGAUUAUCUCUGCACUUGCUCGACGGCGUCGUCGCGAUCGCUUAUGUAACCCCAAGCGGCUACAUGGCUCCCGAGUGGAGAAGAGGGCUAUAAAACGGCGUGCGGCCGCGAUUGCCGAAUCAUUUCCAGUCAGUCGAUCAUCCGAGAGAGUCCUUGGCAACGAAUCCAGAGAAAUGGCGGCCCGUUUCAUAAUCAGUGCGCUCCUGCUGGCCAGUCCGGCCGUUUGGGGCAAGCCCACCUUCGGACGCGAGCACGUCCACAUCCGCAUCCACCUGCCGGAGAGCGGUGGCGACCACGGCGGUCACGGCGGAGGCGGCGACUUCGGAGGCCACGGAGGCGGUGACUUCGGAGGCCAUGGAGGCGGCGGUGGCUACGAGAUUCACUCCCACGACGGGGGCUACAGCGGCGGCGGUGGCGGUGGAGGCGGUGCCCAUGUGAACACCUAUGCCAUCAUCACUGAGAACCACUCUUCCGGUGGAGGCGGAGGCCACGGCGGAUACAGCUCUGGUGGCUACAGCUCCGGUGGAUACAGUUCCGGUGGCCACGAUGAUGCCAAGAUUGCCGCCAUCGCAGCUGCCGCUGGUUCGUCCUCCUCCGAUCACGGACAUGGUCACGGAGGCUACAGCGGCGGCGGCGGCGGACACGACGGUCAUGCCAUCGCCAACAUUGCAGCCAUCGCCGCCAGCUCGGACUCCUCUUCCCACGGAGGCAGCGGAGGCUACGGAGGAUACAGCGGUGGCGGCGGACACGGAGGCUACAGCGGAGGUGGACACAGCGGCGGAGGCCAUGACACCCAGGUGAUUGUCGCUGCCGCCGCUGCUGGCGAUUCCUCCUCCGGCGGAUACAGCGGAGGCUCCUCGGGUGGCUAUGACUACUCCGGUGGCUCCUCGUACAGCAGUGGCUCCUCCUCCUACAGCUCCGGUGGCUACAGCGGAGGACACGGUGGUGGCUACAGCAGCGGUGGUGGCUCCAGCUACGAUACCCAGGUGGUGGCUGCUGCUGCUGCUUCCGCAGGCGGUGGCUCCUACGGCGGCUCCUCCGGAGGCGGUGGUGGUGGCGAUGGCUACAGCUACUCGGCGCCGGCUUCCGGCGGCUGGGCAGGAUCAGCCCCCAGCUCCAGCUGGAAGUAGGCGGCAAUGUCCGGCCUUGGCCAUCUGGUCGUCUAGUCCACUGUUCACGCCCUGCAGUUCACUCCAUCCAUCCACGGAACUCCUAACUUAUAUACGACUCGUUUCGCUCAUCCAUAUUCCACACAUCGUCACGCGAUGCUGAUGUACAAAAUAAACCAUGUUAGUGUAAUAAUUUAAA